UUGCUAUCGCUGUGACGUCUCGUCUAAGACAAGCGCAUGCGCUGCAGCAUUUAGUCUUUCAAUUGACUUAUUGCGUAAGGUAAAGUUUAAGAAAAACGUUUGAGUUGUUCCUGGUCACUCGGUGUACAAAGUGGUAAUAAUACCCUUGUACUUUUAUGCGAUGAUGACCGUUUCAGAAGGGUUGUUUUAUUACCGUACUCGGGUCUAAAGGUACUUCGUGAAGCUAGUUCCGCCCUGCUUUCCUCUACUAAUGCACAGCGCCAACAAAUAUCAAAAGUAACCAAAGGGUCAGAGGGACACAGCAAAGGAAAAAGGAAAAGACAAGUAGUUUCAGCAGAACGCUUUUUUUCUGGGCUUCGGCAGUGUUCUAAAAAGGUGCAGACUGUCUGGUCUUGGUCCCAGUGAUGGAAAGUCAAGAUAAUGAAGUUAACCUGAAGCACACCACAGCAGAUUGUGAAGAAGUGACCACUGAUGGGGCAACCCCUCCAAUUAAACACAAAGGCAAGUUCUCUAAGAUGGGACGGAUCUUUAAGCCAUGGAAGUGGAGAAAGAAAAAACCAAGUGAUAAAUUUGCUGAAACAUCUGUAGCUUUAGAGAGAAAGAUUUCUGUAAGGAAAAGUCGCCAAGAGCUGAUUGCAAGAGGACUUUUAAAAGAUAUACCAGAAAAUGAGAGCAAUUCUGUGUCAAAAGGUUCAUCCUUGAAAAAUGGGCACUUUGCAAUGGAUGUGGACAGAAUGCUGGAAACUGGAGUCGGCAGUUGUCAGGGAGGGACUGAUCAUAGGUCCAAUCAGCAAAAACCUACUCAAAAAGACGAACAUAGGAGCAGUUUGCGGUCUGAGCCUUCCAGAAGUAAUCGUGCACCUUUGGAUGUAGACUCUCAUGCUCGACUCACAGUUGACACAGAUAGACAAUGCCUAGAUUUUGAUAAGAGAGGAGGAUACCGAGGACCUCCUCAGGAAAAUCGAUUCCAUGAAGAAAAAAGAGAGGCAGAUGACCGAUUGAAGAAGGAAAGAGAUGACAUAGAAAGAAGAGCCUGGCGAGAGGAUAGAGAAAAAGUCAUUAGUCAGGGGUCAUUCAACUGCAGGGAAGACAGAGAUUUCAGAGAUAGGAAAGAAGGGAGAGAGGACUGUGUCUGGAGUGAUAAAAAGACUGAUAGAGACAAUAGGGGAAGAAGAGAUCGUGAUGAAAGAGAAAGAAGAGAUUGUGAUGACAGAGGGUGGACAAAACGAGACAGAAGAGAUGGGAGGGAUCCAAAUAAACGUGAAUGCAGAAGUCGAGAGGACAGAGAACCAAUGGUUUGGAAUGAGCAAGAACGCAGAGAAUGCGGAGUGAGAGAACUGUCUAACAGGGUUGAGCAUGAAAGUGUAAAUUGGGAGGACAGAGAAUUGAGAAAGCAGAAUGAACAAGAGGGUACAGAUCGUCAGGAGAAGGAACAAGGGGAUCCAAAUAAUAGAGACAGGAGGGACCACAGGGACAGAAGAGAAGAUAGGACUCCCAGGCCUGUUAAGGAAAAGACAGAGGCCAAGGAAGACAAAGAUAGAAAAGAUUUACAGACAGACAAAGACAAUAAAGACAGAAAGGACAUUAGGCGCAAGCAAGAAGACAAAGAUUGUACAGAGGACAAGAGCAGUAGGGAGGACAAGACUAGGGAAGACAGGGAAUGGCAACAUCUUGUCAGACCCAUUUCAGAGAUAAACUUGCGGCCUCCUCUACAAAAGAGUUCAUCAGAGGAAAACAAGAACACUCAUCAGUCCUCAGAGUCUAGUCGCUGGAGUACUCUUCCUUCAUACACAGCCAUUCCGGAGUUCAGAGAGCGUUCAGAGUCUGCUGCUGCCCGCUUCACCCCUGACCAUCACUCUGUACAAGAUUGCCAACAGAGCCCCGCUUUACCUAAACAGGCCCUGCUUCCUCCAGUUUUACUAACUGGACCUUCUAAUGAACGAGUCAAAAGUCCCGCCUCAUCUUCAUCUUCAUCCUCCUCGUCCUCUUCUUCUUCCUUGUCUUCCACUCCUGUAGCUCUGGCCAAGCCACCGAGAACUGUUUCCUUAAUAAUUGACAACACAGCUAGAACCUUCCAUCCCGUUCCCCCCUCUACAGACUCUGACACACCACCUCCUGUCCCUCCUCAUGCCAAGCAGCCACCUGUCCCACCACCCAAACCCAUCAACCGUAACAGCAACCCUGCACCAAUUGGUGACCUUUUACAGCCAGGCAGCAGCAGUAUUGUUGUUCCAUCUCAGGCUAAACGCUCACCACCAACACCACCAAAGAGAAUGACACCUGUGACCAAGCGCCAUUCUAUGAAUCUCGUGGAACAGCCAGAACGGGAUAGUUCUGGUCUUGUAUCAUUGCACCCUGCUCCCCAUAAAGAAGUUCACGAUGAAGAAGGAAGCAGUGCGACAACUCCUCAAAUUUUUCAGACUGAUCCACCACCUUCACCGCCGUCACACAUACCACCUUUGACUCCUAGCAUUCAGUCGCUUGAUCCUCCAAGUGCUGCUUCUUCCUCCUCCGAUACACUGCAAACAGAAUCACACAGCACGACACCUGAGCUUCCCAGCCAACUUCCAUCUAUUCCUCUACAUGUUCUCAUUCAGAGGGCCCUGGCAAGCUCUGGCCCUGCUCAGCCUUAUCCUGAUGGUUCUCACAGGGCUCACUCUCUGCUUUUUGAUUCACCUCCAGAAUUCCUUGCCGAUGUCGGUAAUAAUUACCGUCAUUCUCUCCCUGUCACAAUCGAGCCUCUCAGACUGCCUGAUGAUGAUGACUUUGACAUGGAGGAGGAGAUGCGGAAGCUUAAGCCUCAGAGGUGGCCCGGCAAGCCUGAACUGGAGCCCCGAAGUCGCAGAGGUUUGGUUGAGGACUCCAUCCCUGAAAGUGGAACCACUGAGGAAAGCAAGGAGGAGUCUGACUCCGAUGGUCCCAUCCUUUACAGAGAUGACAAUGAUGAUGAUGACGAGGGACCUCCAAGUAGUCUGGCGAGCCGUGUGAAGAGGAAGGACACGUUAGCCCUUAAGACUGAGAACCAAGAAAAGGCAGAAAGAAGCGCACAAGAGAAUGACGAGAGCAUGAGCUGGCACAGUAAAGAGCAGUGGUUGACAGUGAGGAACAAGAUUGGCCAUACACUGACAAGGCGGCUGAGUCAGAGACCAACAGCAGAAGAGCUGGAGCAGAGGAACAUUCUUCCAGCCAAGAAUGAAGCAGAUAGAAGGUUAGAGAGAUGUGAGAUUAAACGAAGGCUCACCAGAAAGUUGUCACAGAGGCCCACAGUGGCUGAACUCCAGGCGAGGAAAAUUCUGCGUUUCCAUGAAUAUGUGGAGUCCACACAUGCACAAGACUAUGACAGACGUGCAGACAAACCGUGGACCAAGCUCACGCCUGCUGACAAGGCUGCCAUCCGCAAAGAAUUGAAUGAAUUCAAGAGUUCUGAGAUGGAGGUCCACGAAGAAAGCAGGAUUUAUACUCGGUUCCAUCGGCCUUAAUUUUCCAGACAUCAGAAGGAGGUACUGCUCAAGCAACUUAUGCUUGCUGCCAGCUUUCUGUAACUGCCUGUAAGGUUGCGUCAGCUGAUGAACUGUAACCAAAGCCAAAGUGUUUGGCGCUCGGACUGUGUAAUUUCUGAUAAGAGUAGGUGUUUGUUGCCUGGGGCCAAAACGAAAUACUAAGGAUCUCUUCCAUCCUCUGCUGAAGAAUUAGACUUGACAGAAUAUGGAACGUUGUGAUGCUACCUUUGUUUAUUUUUUACAAUUGUUUGAUUGUUUUAUCAGUCAGUGAUUUGUCUUUUCUGGGUUGAACAGUAUAUCCAUGCAUUUUCUGCUAUAUCUCACUUAGUACUGAGAUGCUGUGGAGAGUUUCCUUUAAACAGCAGGCUACAUAUAGGCUUGACCUUGUAACAAUCUAACGAUGAUUUUUUUUUAGAUUCCGCUGCUAGGUGUAGCAUGCUAACAGUAUUUUCUGGCAGUCUUUUAAUUGGCAUUGCUCUGAAUCAUUCAUUGGGUAUUUUCUGUUGUAUUUUUUUUUCUCUGUCCUUUUUAAACGUGGUCUGUACUUUUGUAACUGGUAGUCAUACGGAACAUCAAUUCUGCAUUGGAAUCCUCCAAAAAGUGGCUUAGGAAAAAUCCUGCCUUACAUGUGGAAAAAGGAGUGUCACUAGAGGACUACCGUCACAAAAAUAGUAGAACACAUUUAGAAGUACCAUUAAAAUCCUGUAUGGAAAAUGUACAAACACAACAAAGAGGUUGAGCUAUAUAUUUACCAUUUGUGAGCACUGUUCUAUACCUGCUGUAUCGGUACUGAUCAAACACGGGGCACUUGCAACUACAUAUCUGGUCUGUUUCUGAGGUGAUAAUUUAAACACUUAAAUGUGACUUGGAUAAUCUAAUUAUAUACAGGUAUUUGUAUAAUAGUCUCAAAACUGCUGAAAUUGUACAAUUCACUAUAUAAAUUUAAAGAACAAUAAUUUUAAUGCUGAAAGGUUUCAUUUGUAAAGUAUUUCUAAAAUGUAUUUUUCAAGAUGUAAAGUUUUUUUUUCUUCUGACUGACAAACUACAAGAAAAGGCAAGGUGGUGUGAAUAUUUAUCUGAAUUUGCUGAUUUCAACAUUGUUUAUAAAACAUUUAGGGGAUGGCGGGUGUACAGAUUCCUAUAGUUUUUAGACUGGAUGGAUGGCUUUGUUACAGUAGCUGGUUCUUUUGGUAGAUGUGAUGAUGAAGUGGCCCAUGAAGACAACGCAUAGAACUUGAGAAAUACACUAAGCUAGGCAUGGGCAAACAUUUUGACUCGCUGGCCACAAUGGUCCUAAAAUUGAACAGGUGGACCAGGUCAGGAGCAGAUAGAUGGAGCGUUUGUGUGAACUAAGAUAAUUGACAUGUAAAAGUCAUGCGUAAAGGCUAAAAUCAUCAAUUAUCAUUGUUUACGCCAUCUAUUGGAGAAACGUUGGUAUUGCAGGGAAAAGGCAGAAGUAUAAUAAUAAUAUAAAUAAAUUAUAUAUAAUUUUGACAAGUUUGGCGGGCAGGAUUAAAAAACUGAACGGGCUGCAGCCUGCCCCUGUGCCUUUGUUUGCCCAUGCCUGCACUAAGCCCUUUUAGUUGUCAACACCAGACAGAAAUAAUUAUUUUAGUACAAUAUUUGUGACAUUGUUGGUGAAUAUAGACGUCAAAAACAUCACAAAUCUACAAACUUCUCUCUGGAGGUGUGGCAGACAAAUGUUUUGCAGACACUGAGUCACAUUUACCUGAACAUAUAAUCAUUAAAUGUUUGAAAUACAAAAAUAUUUAACUGAAUCAUUAAUUCUCUUUUUUUUUAAAUAAUAAAAAAAGAAAAGCUGUUGACAGUUUAAAAAUACUAACUUGGUUUUACAUAAAUAAACUAUAUGGCAUAAAAAAUGUAAAAUUCACUUUUUUUAAACAAAAAUCAAUAACUUAAUAGUGUUGGUGAUUUAAAAUUAAAGAAAAUAAAAGAGUUAUAUGUUAUUUCUUAUUAAGAUAAAAUACCUUAAUUAACAAAAUAAUCAUAAAUCAAAGAAAAAAGGGACAGCUCAGCACCAUUCAAUUUAAAACACGGUCAAGAAGCUUCAUAACUUUGGAUGAUGGAAAUUGACCACAAAGCUUCACAGUACAACGUAAUAAAAAAAACACUGUGCAACUUACUGAAACUAUAUUUAGAAAUGAAAUGUAUAAACAAAAACAGUUUUUACUCAAUUUACAAUGUCUGUUUAUAUGUCAUGAAAAAAUAAAUGAUUAAAUCUAUUUUGUCCAAAAUAAACAAUGAAAGGUUAAUG